CAAUCACAUUAAGGAUAUAAUAAAAAAAAUUAGAUUUUUUUCUUAUACGUUAUAUUUUUAGUUUUUAAAAAUGACUAUAAAUUAGUAUAAAUGGCAAAAGUCCCACAUUGAAAAUUUUGUGAUCAAUAGUCUAACUUUUUUUUGUUCAAGCAAGAUACAAAUGAUCAUAUAUCGUAAGGGUGGGCGUUCGGAUACAUGUUCGGGUUUGUAUCGUGUAUUUCAAUAUAAAGGUAUAGAAUCCGUUAGGGUAUUUCUACACUUCGAGUCAGGUUCAGGUAUUUUAUGUUCGGGUUCAGAUAUUUAAAUUUUGAAAAAAAUAAAUAAAUUAUUCAUUGUUUAAGUUUUUUGUAUUUAAAAUUUUUUUUAACUUAACUAGCUUUCUAAUUUUUUAAAGAUUAAACUAUUAGUAUGUUUGGAGAUAAAAUUAAAUUUAAAAAUAGAAAGACACUAAUUUAGUUGUUGUUUUGAAAUUUUAGAUGCAACUUUUGUUAAUGCAAGAAACAAGAGCUUGAUAUGUAUUUUAACUGAGUUGCAAAUGAUUUUGUCCAUAAUUAUAUGUAUAUUAUCUAAUUUUGAGCAAUAAGCAUCAUUAAUAUAAAUAUUUUGAAUAAAAUAAGAGAAGUAGGCUAGAAAUAUAGAGUUAAAUAUACUUAUGUUUGGUUAUCUUCGGAUAUCCAUUCGGGUUCGGAUAUUACCCGUUCGGAUUCAGAUAUUACAUGAACUGGUGAAAUAAGUAAUUUGUUUUGUUGUUCUAGAAUUAGAUGAUUUUUAGACCGAGCUGGUGAAUAUAUACUAGACAGACAUUUAUAUUUUGAGUCUGCACUUAUAUUCCAUAACAACUUCAUAUAUUAGAUUUGAACACUAACUUGUUAAUAUAGUUUCCAGGUGAUUUUAUUUUUAAAAUUUUGAUUCUUAAAUAUGUAUCUAGAGUGAAACUAAUUUUUACAGAUGUCCAUUUUUUUUAAAUUGAACACUUCUCUAAUUAACUGAAUUCAUAGAAGAAGUUAAAAAACAAACUUAACUCAUAUCAAUGAAAAAAAGACGAGAACGAAAGCAUAAUUUUAUAAAGGUAGAAAACGAAAUCACUUAUGGAGAGUCAAUAGUAAACAAAUCGAGAGAAGAAAACCUAAUCCACUUUCGUCAUUAUACGAUCGAUGUUGCCUAUUUGGUUUUGGUGAUUUGUGUCAGCCGCAAAACUUAAUUUUCUUUUGUGCAUAUGAAGUCUUAAAAUAAUAAUGAGAAUUAAUACGUUAACUCUUCAACAACGAUGAUAUAUUUAAGAGAUCAAUAUUUGUAUUCGUCGUUUAUAAUCGAUAAAUAUUGUAGUGUCGCAAAAUGUUAAAACCAUUUAAUAAACAAACAUUAUUAUAAAAACUCACUCCGCGCAUGCGUCCGGAUUUUCAUCUCGUAUAUUAUUGUAAUGUAAUAAGCACGUGCGCAAACAGAAAAAGAAAAGAAAAACUCACCCUAAUUGGUGGUAUAAUAUAUAUAUUGAUAAUAUUUUGAGAUUUAUUAGUGGUUAUCAUCGUCAUUGUGCAGAAUAAAAAUAUUUAAAAUUUUAUAUUGCAAAAAGAAGAUAAGACUUGGAGUUGAUUAGUAUUCUUUGCCACAUUAUUUGUGGUUCAUAUAUGUUGUAAGUUAUCAGAUUCUGAUCGUAUUCUGAUUCAAAUAAUUGUUCAAGCAUUAAUUGUAGAAAUGGCAGAUGUGACUGUAAUUUCUUCAAGCAUUGUUCGACCCCAAAACCUAAACCAAUCUAGUCGAACAAAGAUCCAUCUCACUCCAUUUGAUCUCAAGCUUCUUUACGUUGAUUAUCCUCAAAGAGGUCUUCUCUUUCACAAACCCGACCCGGAAACCCAUCUCAUCUCUCGGUUAAAGACAUCUCUUUCAACUGCUUUAGACAUCUACUUCCCCUUCUCCGGUCGUCUUGUCAAAGAGGAGAAUCUUGAAGACAACACUAUGUUGUUUUACAUCGACUGUGACGAGCGCGGCUCAUCUGGUGCUAAGUUCAUCCAUGCCGAAUCCAAAUCAUUGUCGGUGAGUGACAUUCUUCAGCCUGAUGGCUCUGUUCCAGAUUUCAUGAGUCAUUUCUUCCCAUCAGUCGACGUUAAAAGCAUCAACGGCCUCACGGAGCCCUUGCUUGCGCUGCAAGUCACCGAGAUAAAAGAUGGUGUUUUCAUCAGUUUCGGUUAUAAUCACAUGGUAGCUGAUGGAGCUUCCAUUUGGAGUUUCUUUAAUACUUGGUCCAAGAUAUGCUCUGAUGAUUCCGACAAUCUGAAGAACCACAACCCUCUUAAACUCAGAGGAUGGUUCCUUGACGGGAUCAGUUUCCCGAUAUGUGUUCCAGCUUCAGAGACGGUGGUCCCUUCUCCAAGACAAGAAACUUCUUUGCGUCCCACUUCGAAUGAAAGAGUGUUUCACUUCACAAAAAGGAAUCUUUCAAAUCUCAAAGCCAAAGCCAACAACGAAGCUGGCUCCAGCGACCUGAUUAUAUCGUCCUUACAAGCGCUUUCUGCACAUUUAUGGAGGUCCAUAAUCAGACACAGUGGUAUGAGCGGAGAAGAAGAAACGCAUUGCAAAUUAACCGUUGAUAUGAGGCAGAGACUAAACCCUCCGCUUGAGAAAGAGUGUUUCGGAAACUUGAUCCUCCUGGGGGUAGCUACGGUCACGGUUGGGGAACUGCUGGAUAAUCAGAUGGGCUGGGCUGCUUCGCAAAUAAAUAAAAUGGUGCGCUCGCAAACGGAUGAAAAGUUCAAAACUUUUGCAAAGAAUUGUGUCAGAGACGUAAAGAUACUAGAAAAAGGUUGUGGGAAUCCAAAGGUUUUUGAUUCUGUGGUUAUGUCGAGCUCUCCUUGGUUUGAUGUGUAUGGAAACGAUUUCGGUUGGGGUAAGCCGAUUGCAGCUAGAGCUGGACCCGGAAAUAGUAUGAGAGGCAAGCUUGUGCUUUUUCAGGGGGUUGAAGAAGGAAGUAUUGAUGUUCAUGCGACCUUAUGUUCUCAUUUGCUUCUGAAGUUAUUGGCUGAUGUUGAAUUUUUAGAGAAUGUGACCAUUACUUGAUUCUAAUUUGAUUUGAGAAAUAAAGCUUAGGUGCUUGUAAUUCGGUGUCUAGGAAAUGGCAAGUAACGAUGGUAAAAUAAUUCGGUGUGAACGGCGAAGACGUAUAUGCUUUAGAUGGAGAUCAAAAGAGUGAAUGUGAAUAGUAAAUUUUCUUCAUUCCUUAUAAUUAUAUCGUUUACUAAUAAUAUUCUUUAUGUGUUUCUUGUUCAUUCCUUUAUUUUAAUGAAAUUUAUAAAAUAAAACUAUUAAAUUUAUGGUUUGAU